GACUCUCCUACUGGGGACACAACACACGUCCUAGCACACAUCUGGCUUUAGCACAAGGUAUUUCCCUUCUAUGCAACUGAAAUGUCCCCUGGUAAAGAGAGUCCUGAUCUUGCCCAUUUCUCCUCCCUUGAGCAGGAUUUCCAAUUAUCAAACCGGAGAUGAUCUCCCGCAUGGAACAAAAGGAAGAGCUGUUGAUCCCCUCUCUCCAGGGCUAUGAGGAAACAGUGAUACCAAAUGGCACAGGUGAUGGCAUUGUGAGUGAGAAUGAGGAGGAGAAUCUGCACCAGGAAGGUCCUGAGUCAAUGGAACCACAGGGCAAGUUAUCACGAAUACCCCAAAGGAAUAUUUCCCAGAGUCCUGAGCAGGGCAAAGCCUGUGAGGGUCAACGCAGAUUGGAAAGGCAUCUGCGAACUCCUCCAGGGAAGAGACAAAGCAAAUCAACUGCAUGUGAAAGAGCUUUCAGGAAACUGCCAGACAUUGUCCAACAGGGAAAUCCUAUGAGGAGGAAAUCAGUAAUGUGUGAUGACUGUGGGAAAAGCUUCAGGGUGAGCUCAAACCUCAGACAGCAUCAGAGAAUCCACACCGGAGAGAAACCCUUUGGAUGUGCCGAGUGUGGGGAAAAUUUCCGGCAACGCUCGCACCUUAUUCAGCAUCAGAGAAUCCACACAGGGGAGAGACCCUAUGAAUGUGCUGAAUGUGGGAAAAGCUUCAGUAUGAGCUCAAAACUCAUUCGGCAUCAGAUAAUCCACACAGGAGAAAAACCAUAUAAAUGUGCCGAGUGUGGCAAGAGCUUUAGUGGGAACUGGCAGCUAAUCCAGCAUCAGAGAAUCCACACAGGAGAGAGACCCUACGAAUGUGGUGACUGUGGGAAGACUUUCAGUGUGAGCUCAGCCCUUACUCGUCAUCAGAGAACCCACACUGGAGAGAAACCUUAUGAAUGUGCCGAGUGCAGGAAAACCUUCAGUCAGAGCUCAGAGCUUAUGAAACAUCAGAGAGUCCACACAGGCGAGAGGCCCUAUGAGUGUGCUGAGUGUGGGAAGAGCUUCACAGUGAGCUCCGCUCUCAUUCAGCAUCAGAGAUUCCACAUGGGGGAAAGACCUUAUGAAUGUGCCGAAUGUGGGAAAAGCUUCACAGUGAGCUCACACCUCAUUCAGCACCGGCGAUUCCACACGGGGGAAAGGCCCUACGAAUGUGUGGACUGUCGGAAAAGCUUCCUUUGGAGAUCAGCCCUUCUUCGACAUCAGAGAAUCCACACGGGAGAGAGACCCUAUGAAUGCACCGAGUGUGGGGAAAGCUUCCGUCAGAGCGCGCAUCUUAUCCAGCAUCGCCGAAUCCACACUGGGGAGAAACCCUAUGAAUGUGCCAACUGUGGGAAAGGCUUCACUGUGAGCUCUGCCCUUAUUCGACAUCAGAGAAUCCACAUGGGGGGGGAGCCCUAAGAGUGGUCUGAAAGUGGAGAAAGCUUCGUAUCCGAUAUCCUUCCAGGGUCUCCCAGUGGAUGGAAGCCAGUUGUGUUUCCACUUUGGGACCACAGUUCUUCCCUAUUCAUAGUGAAUGAAAAAUGCCUUGCUGAGGAUGGAGUGUCGGUGGUCGAGUUAGAAAAAGAGGCAGUGUUGGUGCUCGAAGAAGAGUCAUGUAAGGCCCUAGGGUGUUGAGAGGAAUGCAUGCUGGGAGCCAAAGGAAGGGACCAGGAGGUGUUGGGGGGUGGGUCAUUUGGGUGAUGGAAGGGGAGUAGGUAGUGUAAUUAAGGGGAAAUCAUGUUAGUCAUUUUUAAUAAAUAUAUUUAAGAGGAAUGAAAAAAUGAGCACAGGGAGGGCCUCAGACAAUUUAUAGUGGGAAAUAAAUGGAGCAUCUUCUAGCAGAUAGAGCAGAAGGUGGAAAGUCAGCACUCUCGGGUUCUAUUCCCAAUUCUGUCACAGACUUGUUUGGUAACUCUAGGCAGCUCACUUCACCUCACUGUGCCUUCAUUCCCCCCAUCUGUAAAACGGAGACUAUAAUAAUGAUAAUCACUCUUACAGGAGGAUUUUACUAUUUAAUGUCUUUAUUAAAGUAGUGCCCAGAGGCCUCAUCAGGAAUUGGGGCUGUAUUAUACUAGGUGGUGCACAACAAGGUUUGCACAGUUCCUGCCCAGAAGAGUUUACAACGUAAGAAACCAGCUUCCUUCUCUGGGAUUCUGUAGCUCUUGUUACUGACAAGAAUUUUUCUUGAAGUUAUGAGCUUUGAGGAUUCUUUUUGUGAGUGAAGGGAGCAUAGUUGUGUGUUUUUGUUUGUGUGUGUGUGUGUGUUUGAAAUAUGGAUUUCAAAGGUAUGAGUUUAAUUUUCGUUUCAAAAAACAUUAUCUUUAUUGUUUUUUUAAAGUUCUAAUAAAAAG